AUGAUAAAAGAGGUCAUUUUAAAGUACUUUAUGAUAAUCCAGACACCACAAAUGUCCCUCUGAUAAUUAAGGUCACCUAUUAACAACCUACCACUAAAGUUAAACUUAAUUACAAAAACUGCCACUGCUGGCUCUCGCUCCCUCCCUUCCGUUAAUAUGUUAUCCGUUCAGAUUCAACCCUUUACCAAAAUCUCUCUCUCUCCACAAACCCUUACCAUCCCAACCUCCUUGACCGCGACUCCUUAAGACCUUCCUCGACUUCUCCGACUCGCCGCCCUUCACCAUCGAUCUCUCCUUCGAGUGGAUCCUCGACUCCGUGACUCCGACACCGAUCAGAUCAAGCUCAUUGAUCGCACCCUGCAGUUGGGAUCGGUGCUCCUCGAGGCCGGUAAGAGCUCGGCGAGACGACAAGCCUCCAAGCACAACUCCAUCUCCUGGGCUCUCCCUCUCGACCUCACCAUCAAGGGAUGUGAUGGGUCAGUUUUGCUUGAUGGAUCAGCGAGUGGUCCAAGUGAGCAGGAGGCACCUCCAAACCUGAGUUUGAGGGCCACGGCCUUCGAAAUCAUCAAUGACCUCCGUGAGCUAGCUCAUAGCAAAUGUGGGAGGGUUUGUUUCUUGUGCUGAUAUAGCUGCUCUUGCUGCUAGGGAUUCUGUUUUCCUGAUCCAUUGGCUCUUCGAUUCCAAUCCCUCCAAUCUCCCAAAUUUAGUAAAGGCUCCGACUCUCUCAAUCUCUUCAAAAUAUUAAUCCAAUCUCGAUCCACUUCUAAUUUUUGUUUUCUUCUAGACUCAUUGGCUUUGGCAUGAAAACUCAUAAAGAAUGUUUCAAAGUUUCCAAGUUCUUGAACUACUGAAUUGUUAAACUGUUGCUGAUUUGAAAUUUUUAUAAUUAUGUUAUUUGAUGUUUCAUGCCUUUUUCAUAGUUGGAAUGUGAUAUUUAAUAGAUUAUAUUGCAUUGACAUUCUAUUGAAUUGGCUUUGUGUUUGAUCUUAUACACCGUAAUGCAGUUUUUGUCAAGUGGUUUUGUUGUGAUGCUUUUUCAUUAUGAUGGUAACGUUGAUGAGUGGAAGCAAUUUCAAUGGAAUGAUCUUGUCAUUUAUGUGUCUGUAGUCAAUCAAACAAAAUGGUGGUUCGCAAAGCGUUUCUUACAUCCUGAUAUAGUUGAUCAAUACAGUCGCAUUCUUCUACGGGAUGAGGACCUUGGAGUUGACAAUUUCAAUCCUCAACGGUAUGUGUCCAUUGUUCGAAAGGAAGGGCUUGAAAUAUCACAACCGGCACUUGAUUUUUCCAAGACAGAGGUGAACUACAUGGAGAAACUUUCGAAAGAGGAGGGGAUUCAGAAGAAACUCAGCAAGGAUAUUUUGCAAUAUAAAGCUCAUAUAAUCAAGAUAUUUGCGGAACAUAGGCACAAUUGGAUCUCUGCAGAUUUAGAGUUUUAGAAAUUUGCCUAGGGCUUAGGAUGCAAGUCACUGGUGAAUUGUAAACUCCAGUUUAUUAAAUAAAUUAGCUUUUUGUAUCUUUUUAUGAUGUCACUGUUAUGUUUUUUCCUUAAUAAAACAUUAUUUUUAUA